GCUCCUUAAACAGUUCUCCUUCCUCCUAUAGCUCAUCAACAGAUCUCCUUCCUCCUAUAGCUCCUCAACAGUUCUCCUUCCUCCUAUAGCUCCUCAACAGAUGUGUAGUCUAGACCUCAUACCUCCUCAACAGUAGAUGCGACUGCUGUAUUGAUGCCACAGCAGCCCUGUGAGUGUUCCCGCUUCGUCGAGCACGCCCCCCGCCCAGUAGCAGCGUGCACGUCGUGUGCGCGCAGGACCCUUCCCUACAGUACAAGACAGUACCAAACCGAGCCUGGAGCCUGACGCAAGGUAGCGCACCCAGAGAACAGCGAGCGAGAGAGAGAGAGAAGAUGGACGGAGUGGGAUCGUUCGGAGCGGGCCUGGCAGGUGCUGCCUUCGACCCGGUUUCCUUCAUCAAGCAACCGACCACCAUCCUCAGGGUCCUGUCCUGGGUAUUCUCCCUGGUGGUGUUUGCCUCUAUAGUGAACGAGGGCUAUGUGAACCUGGGCAGUGAACGUCUCCACUGUGUGUUCAAUAAGAAUGCUGAUGCGUGUAACUACGGAGUGUUCUGUGGUCUGCUGGGCUUGUUGCUGUGUUCCUUCUUCUUCCUGCUGGAUGUCAAGUUCCAACAGAUCAGCUCUAUUAAGGACAGGAAGAAGGCUGUGAUGCUGGAGGUCGGGCUUUCAGGUUUCUGGACGUUCCUGUGGUUUGUGAGUUUCUGUUUCCUGGCCAAUCAGUGGUCUAGGACCGCCUCUGAGGACCUGCCACUCAACCAGGGGGCCGACGCAGCCAGGGCCUCUAUCGCCUUCUCAUUCUUCUCCAUCCUCACCUGGGCUGGUCUGACGGUGCGUGCAGUCCAGAAAUAUCUCCUGGGAACAGACAUGACCCUCUUCACCACCGACCAUCUGGACGGAGUCGCCCCGGUAACACCAUACCCCCCCACCACCGGGGGCGCCAUCGAGCCCAGCGACAACUACCAGAGCCCCCCGUUCACAGAGGGGCUGGAAGCCCCCGCCCCCACAUACCAGGUCCCCAUAUACUAGCACCUCCCUGUCCUACUAGUCUCUACCUGUCCUACUAGUCCCUCCCUGUCCUACUAGUCCCUACCUGUCCCCACCUCCCUGUCCCCACAUACCAGGUCCCCAUAUACUAGUCCCUCCCUGUCCUACUAGUCCCUACCUGUCCUACAAGUCCCUCCCUGUCCCCACCUCCCUGUCCCCCUAGUCCCUCCCUGUCCUACUAGUCCCUCCCUGUCCCCCUAGUCCCUCCCUGUCCUACUAGUCCCUCCCUGUCCUACUAGUCCCUCCCUGUCCUACUAGUCCCCCCUGGUCCCCCUAGUCCCUCCCUGUUCCCACCUCCCUGUCCUACUAGUACCUCCCUGUCCUACUAGUCCCUUCCUGUCCUACUAGCCCCUCCCUGUCCUACUAGCCCCUCCAUGUUCCCACCUCCCUGUCCUACUAGUCCCUCCCUGUCCUACUAGUCUCUCCCUGUCCUACUAGUCCCUCCCUGUCCUACUAGUCCCUCCCUGUCCUACUAGUCCCUCCCUGUCCCCCUAGUCCCUCCCUGUUCCCACCUCCCUGUCCUACUAGUCCCUCCCUGUCCUACUAGUCCCUCCCUGUCCCCCUAGUCCCUCCAUGUUCCCACCUCCCUGUCCUACUAGUCUCUCCCUGUCCUACUAGUCCCUCCCUGUCCUACUAGCCCCUCCCUGUCCUACUAGUCCCUCCCUGUCCCCCUAGUCCCUCCCUGUUCCCACCUCCCUGUCCUACUAGUCCCUCCCUGUCCUACUAGUCCCUCCCUGUCCCCCUAGUCCCUCCCUGUUCCCACCUCCCUGUCCUACUAGUCCCUCCCUGUCCUACUAGCCCCUCCCUGUCCCCCUAGUCCCUCCCUGUUCCCACCUCCCUGUCCUACUAGUCCCUCCCUGUCCUACUAGUCCCCCCCUGUCCUACUAGCCCCCCCUGUCCUACUAGUCCCUCCCUGUCCUACUAGUCCCUCCCUGUCCUACUAGUCCCUCCCUGUCCUACUAGUCCCUCCCUGUUCUACUAGUCCCUCCCUGUCCUACUAGUCCCUCCCUGUCCCCCUAGUCCCUCCCUGUCCUACUAGUCCCUCCCUGUUCCCACCUCCCUGUCCUACUAGUCCCUCCCUGUCCUACUAGUCCCUCCCGGUCCCCCUAGUCCCUCCCUGUUCCCACCGCCCUGUCCUACUAGUCCCUCCCUGUCCCCCUAGUCCCUCCCUGUUCCCACCUCCCUGUCCUACUAGUCCCUCCCUGUCCUACUAGUCCCUCCCUGUCCUACUAGUCCCUCCCUGUUCCCACCUCCCUGUCCUACUAGUCCCUCCCUGUCCUACUAGUCCCUCCCUGUCCUACUAGCCCCUCCCUGUCCUACUAGUCCCUCCCUGUCCUACUAGUCCCUCCCUGUCCCACCUCCCUGUCCUACUAGUCCCUCCCUGUCCACCUAGUCCCUCCCGGUCCCCCUAGUCCCUCCCUGUUCCCACCGCCCUGUCCUACUAGCCCCUCCCUGUCCUACUAGUCCCUCCCUGUCCCCCUAGUCCCUCCCUGUUCCCACCUCCCUGUCCUACUAGUCCCUCCCUGUCCUACUAGUCCCUCCCUGUCCCACUAGUCCCUCCCUGUCCCCCUAGUCCCUCCCUGUUCCCACCUCCCUGUCCUACUAGUCCCUCCCUGUCCUACUAGCCCCUCCCUGUCCUACUAGUCCCUCCCUGUUCCCACCUCCCUGUCCUACUAGUCCCUCCCUGUCCCACUAGUCCCUCCCUGUCCCCCUAGUCCCUCCCUGUUCCCACCUCCCUGUCCUACUAGCCCCACCCUGUCCUACUAGCCCCUCCCUGUCCUACUAGUCC